AUGGUGCGGGCGCACUGCUUCGACGCCGUGUUCUUGUGCUUUGACGUGCAGAAUGGCAUGUCGAUGCGCAGCAUUGUUUCUUGGUGGACACACGCACGAGCCCGGGCGUUUACAAAGGAGUCUCCGUUCCAGAUGGGCUUCGAUCCCUUGCUCCAUCUCGUGGGCCUGAAGAAGGACCUGCGCCUGAACAUACCCGCGGGUAUGAGCGCGUCUCACUUUGUCAACACCUCCGACGCCCAAGCCGCGGCCGCGAGUAUCGGCGCGCACCGCUACAUCGAGUGCUCGGCCAAGACGCACGAGGCCAUGGACGCGCUGUUUGAUGACGCGGGCCGUGAGGCGACGAGGCGGUACAUUGCGCGGUCGACGAGGGCUGCGCGCGCGGCGGCGGCGGAGGCGGAAGAGGCCGCCGCUCAGGCGCAGACGCAGACGCAGCAGGCGCGGGUCGAGGAGGGCGAACGGAGUGAGUCGCCGCAGAAGCGGCAGAGGUUCCAGUGA